AUGUGCCCAUAUGUGCCUGCAGAAACUGCGAGUCUCUACAGCGGUUCAGACAUUGAUGAAGGAGAGGACGAGAUGCCAGAAACGAUUGCAAAGCUGAUGGAUAAUGAGGUCCCAUUUGCUCCAAGUCAGUACCAUCACCAACAGUUGGCACGUUGUAGAGAUUCACAUUUCUCAACACGCUUCUCAUACGACUUCCACGCAACGCACGCUUUGGCGUGUACCAGCGCGUUCAAAGGAAUCUUUCUCAGUAGCAAUCCCCUUGGGACGACUUUCCACUCGUAUCCAGAGGAGCACUCGAGAGCCCACUUCCCACUCUUCCCCCUAGCACGCAGCUAUCAUUCCUCACCCUCAAUUGACCGCAACAACGACGGAGCCGUCUCAGAGUCUUGUGAAACGUCCGACGCCAGUGAACAAGAGUCAAAACCCGAAUCACCAAAGUCACUAUCUGUCCAGGGAAGUUCCAAGUCGAAGAGUCGCUCUACAAGUACAGCUUUGGCUCACAUCGUGGUCGCUGAGGGUGGAAACAUAAAGCUACUGGCUCAGAACCUAGAGACACAGAGAGUUGUUAAAGGGGCAAUUAUGGAGGCAAAGUGUCAACUUGCCUUCGUUGAUGGGUUCCCUGAAUUACACAAUCUGUGCGAAAUUGAGAAACAUCAUCGCAUGGAUGAGGACUACAUCUCACAACUGGCUAGUCUGGUAGAUGCUCGUAUACCAAUCCUCCGGCGAGAACUGAAAGAUGAUGCGUGCACAAAGGUCUCUGGCUACUUUCAUCUGGGGCAUAUAGACGUAGAAAAAGCGAAAAAUCUUAUGGUAAAGCAUGCAUAUAUCUAUGCAAUGAAGCCCAUAAUAUCCCUUCACCCAUAUGAAACAAGCCCUAUCAGGUCCAUCGGUGUCCGUUUUGCAAAGCAUUUUGCCGACCUCGCGGAGAACAAUGCCAAGCGUCCAGAGGUACCCAUCCCUUUGGUAGCUCUUGUGGUGACUGCGGUAUUUCUUUCCUUUCCUUCUUGA